UCUUGACGCACGGUGCGCCACACACUGCUGCUCAGACCGGAGACUGAUAGCAGACCAUGACUGUGGAUCCGCCGGAUCACUACGAGCUACAGACGAAAUAGAUCCGAUCGUAAUCUGUAGUGCAAAACAACAUGGCUGUUAUUUCCAGGCGGGUUAAGAGGAGGAGGAGGAGGAGGUGAAGGAGGAGGCGGCGGCUCAGGAUAAGACGCGCUUUAGUGAAGGUAGAGAAGGAAGGAGGAGGAGAAGGCUCUCUCUCUUCUUCUAAGAGGAUAAAAAGAGGAAAAGGGGGAAAUCAAGCUAUUCUUACGCGGAGCAAGAUGAGUGUCGCGCCGGAUGAGAGCUCGGUGCGCGUCGCCCUGAGGAUUCGUCCUCAGCUGGCCAAAGAAAAGAUCGAGGGAUGCCACAUCUGUACAUAUGUGAUGCCUGGAGAGCCCCAAGUGGUGCUGGGUAAGGAUAAGGCCUUCACUUAUGACCACGUCUUCGACAUGGACAGCCAGCAGGAUGCCAUCUACACCCACUGCACAGAGAGCCUCAUCGACGGCUGCUUAGAGGGCUACAAUGCCACCAUCUUCGCUUACGGACAGACAGGUUCGGGGAAGACCUACACCAUGGGAACCGGCUUCAACGUCAACAUCGACGAGGACGACCCUGGUAUCAUUCCCCGGGCCGUCAACCACCUGUUCAAGGGGAUUGAGGAGCGCAGACAGGCCGCCACCGAGCAGGGCAAGCCGGUGCCCGAGUUCAAGAUCAACGCGCAGUUCCUAGAGCUGUACAAUGAAGAGGUGCUGGACUUGUUCGACUCCACUCGAGACAUCGAGGCGCGGAAGCAGAGGUCCAAUGUCAAAAUCCAUGAGGACGCCAACGGGGGCAUCUACACCGUUGGGGUCACGACCCGCACCGUGACCUCUGCAGCUGAGAUGAUUCAGUGUCUGAAGCUGGGCGCUCUGUGUCGAACCACCGCCAGCACCCAGAUGAACGUCCAGAGUUCACGCUCACACGCCAUCUUCACCAUCCACCUGUGCCAAGUCCGAGUCUGCUCUCCAGAUAAUGACGAUAACGUGACGGACAAUCGUCUAGCUAACGACUCAGAUAUCAAUGAGUUUGAGACGCUGACGGCAAAAUUCCACUUUGUGGACUUGGCUGGCUCUGAGAGACUGAAGAGAACCGGAGCCACAGGAGACCGAGCCAAAGAGGGCAUCUCCAUCAACUGUGGGCUGCUCGCCCUGGGAAACGUCAUCAGCGCUCUGGGAGACAGGAGUAAACGCUCCACUCAUGUGCCUUACAGAGACUCCAAACUGACACGGCUGCUGCAGGACUCGCUCGGUGGAAACAGUCAAACUGUGAUGAUCGCCUGCAUAAGCCCGUCGGAUCGGGACUUCAUGGAGACGUUGAACACCCUGAAGUAUGCUAACCGGGCACGGAACAUCAAGAACAAAGUGAUGGUGAACCAGGACAAAGCCAGCCAGCAGAUCAGUGCUCUGAGGACCGAGAUAGCCCGGCUGCAGAUUGAGCUGAUGGAGUACAAGACAGGAAAGCGAAUGGUGGGUGAAGAUGGGAUGGAGGGCAUCAACGACUUGGUCCAUGAGAACUCAAUGCUGCAGACAGAGAACAACCACCUGAGGGUGAGGGUGAAGGCCAUGCAGGAGACCAUCGACGCUCAGAAGGCCCGACUCACACAGAUCCUCAGUGACCACGCCAACCAGGCUCUGGCUAAAGGAGGUGAAGGUAAUGAAGAAAUCGGAAACAUGAUUCAAAAUUACAUCAAAGAAAUUGAGGAUCUCAGAGCUAAACUUCUUGAAAGCGAGGCCGUGAACGAGAAUCUCAGGAAGAACCUGUCCCGAGCCUCCACUCGCUCCUCGCUGUACGGAGGCCCCGGCUCCUUCUCCUCGGCAAUGCUUGCCCCUGAGAACGAGGCCAGCGACGUCAUCAUGAUGGCCAAGAAGGACUUGGAGAAACUCAAGAAGAAGGAGAGGAAGAAGAAGAAAAGCGUCAUCAAAGAAGAAGGCCCCGACAAUGACCAGGAGCAGGGAAAUGAGGAGGCAGAGGUGGUGAGUGGCAAAAGAAAGAUUAUAGUUAAUAACACAUUACUCUGUGUUUAUAUUGUUGUCCUCAUCCUGUGUGUACCGUUACGUCACAAGGAGGGCAGCGAUCACGAAGAUGGUGAGGAGGCCGACGGAGAGGAGGAGGACUUUGAGAUGGCGGGAGAUGAGACCUCCGAUGAGUCUGACUCUGAGGAGCUGGAGGAGAAAGAAAACGUCCAGGCCGACCUGGCCAACAUCACCUGCGAAAUCGCCAUCAAGCAAAAGCUCAUCGACGAGCUGGAGAACAGCCAGCGGCGACUGCACACGCUCAAACAGCAGUACGAGCAGAAGCUGACGAUGCUGCAGAACAAGAUCAGAGACACGCAGCUGGAGCGGGACAAGGUGCUGCACAACAUGGGUUCGGUGGAGUCGGGUACCGAGGAGAAGGCCAAGAAAAUAAAAACAGAGUACGAGAAGAGGCUGAGCUCCAUGAACAAAGAGCUGCAGAAGCUCCAGUCGGCUCAGAAGGAGCAUGCUCGGCUGCUGAAGAACCAGUCGCAGUAUGAGAAGCAGCUCAGGAAACUACAGCAGGACGUGACCGAGAUGAAGAAGACCAAGGUGGUGCUGAUGCGUCAGAUGAAGGAGCAGCAGGAGAGGAACAGGGCCUCAGAGUGCAGGAGGAACAGGGAGAUUGCCACUCUAAAGAAAGACCAGCGCAGAGCAGAGCUCCAACUGAGGCAACUGGAGGCGCAGAAGAGACAACAGGAGUUGAUUCUGCGCAGGAAGAACGAGGAGGUAACAGCUCUCAGGCGGCAGGUGAGGCCUGUGUCUGGAAAGGUAACCAGGAAGGUGAACUCACAUGAGCCUCCGCAGGAGCCGUCACAUCGAGCCACACAGGGGAGGCUGCAGACCUCCGGAGCGUCACAAUCCAACGGAGCCAGGAGUUCCCCAGUUCGGAUGGGAAGUAUCUACCUGAACAGGACAGCAAGGACCAAAUGGCAGUCACUAGAGAGACGUGUCAGUGACAUCAUCAUGCAGAGGAUGACCAUCUCUAACAUGGAGAUAGAGAUGAAUCGCCUACUAAAGCAACGUGAGGAGCUGACCAGAAGGAGGGAGCGAGUGUCCAGAAAGAGAGAGAAGAUGACGGUGGAUGGUGCAGACGCUGACCGCUCCCUGGCCUCCAUGAACGAGGAGCUGGAGUCUCUGAGCGCCAACAUCGACUACAUCAACGACAGCAUCGCCGAAUGCCAGGCCAACAUCAUGCAGAUGGAGGAGGCCAAAGAGGAAGGAGACACAGUGGACGUCACGGCUGUGAUCAGCUCCUGUAAUUUAUCUGAGGCUCGCUUCCUACUGGACCAUUUCCUGACUAUGGCCAUCAAUAAGGGUCUGCAGGCAGCGCAGAAGGAUUCCCAGCUGAAGGUCAUGGAGGGUAGGCUGAAGCAGACGGAGAUCAACAGCGCCACCCAAAACCAGCUGCUCUUCCACAUGUUGAAAGAGAAAGCUGAGAUCAACCCGGAGCUGGACGCCCUGCUGGGCAGUGCUCUGCAAGAAAAUGGAGAUGACAGCAGUAGUGAUGAGUCUACGCCCAGUCCAGCCACAGAGGGCAGUUCACUUGCAUCGGAUCUGUUGAAGUUAUGUGGUGAAUCCAGACCAAGGAAUAAGGCUCGCAGGCGGACCACUACGCAGAUGGAGCUGCUCUACGCUAGCAGUGGGGAUCUGUCCCAUGAAUCUCCCAUCGGAGACUUUUCAGCCCCCUUGCUGCCCCUUACAGAGGGUCUGGAAGGGCUGGCGGACAUGCAGGGUCGUGCGGGCGGUCAAACCCCUGACCGCGAGCACACCCCAUUUGCACCGUCUGCAAGGCCAGCUGGCAUAUCUGGGUCCAGGUCGCCCACAGGGACUGAGAGGAGGCAGCUGGAGCGCUCACCCCUCAACCGAAGGAAGAUGCCAGACAAAGGAUUGACAGCAACACACAUCCCAGCACCUGCACACACACCUCCUGUCAGCACGGCAGAAACCAAACCCAAAGGCAGCGACUACAAAACACUGUUGGAAGAGUCGCCUAUAUUUGAAGGCCAUAGGGGUGUGAUCAACCCAAUGACGGCCUCUAAGAACAGCCGGGGGGCCAAACUUCAGUGUGUGUUCGUAGCUGAGGGCCACACCAAGCCUGUCCUCUGUGUGGAUGCUACUGAUGAUCUGCUCUUCACAGGAUCCAAAGAUCGGACAUGUAAAGUCUGGAACUUGGUGACUGGUCAGGAGAUCAUGUCUCUUGCAGAUCAUCCCAGCAGUGUUGUCUCAGUUAGGUACUCAUCUAGUCUCGUCUUCACUGUUUCCACUGCUUACAUCAAAGUCUGGGACAUUCGGGAUUCUGCCAAGUGUAUUCGCACGCUUACGUCCUCAGGCCAGGUGGGUCCAGGCGACACCUGUUCCUCAGUCAGGAGUUUAACCAUCCCACCAGGAGAGAGCCAGAUCAACCAGAUCGCUCUCAACCCGUCCGGCUCCUUCCUUUAUGCUGCUGCAGGCAACUCUGUACGCAUGUGGGACCUCCGCAAGUUUGUGUCCACAGGGAAGCUGACUGGACAUUUGGGACCUGUCAUGUGUCUGACUGUUGAUAAGUUGGGUAAUGGACAGGAUGUUGUGCUCACUGGAUCCAAAGACCAUCAUGUUAAAAUGUUUGAGGUGGCAGAAGGGGCUCAGGGCAGCAUCAGCUCCAGCCACACGUUUGAGCCCACUCAUCAGGAUGGCGUGGAGUCCUUAGCCGUGCACAGAGAUGUCUUCUACAGUGGCUCCAGGGAUUAUUACAUCAAAAAGUGGGACUUAGCAAGUAAACAGCUGCUACAGCAGUCGGCCAGCGCUCAGGCAGACUGGGUUAGCGCUCUGGGCGUGGUGCCAGGCUCCCCGGUGCUGCUCAGCGGAUGCAGGGGAGGUCUCCUGCGCCUCUGGCACGCCAACACACUAGCACCCCUCGGCGAAGUCCGGGGACACGACAGUCCCAUUAAUGGCCUGGCCACCAACAGCAGCCAACUGUUUACUGCCUCUGAUGACCGCACAGUGAAAAUUUGGGAAGCUAAAGGAUCUCUGGAGGAAGGAAUCAACUGACAUCUGCUUCCUGAUAAUCAAGACAUGGCCCUGCAUGCGGGUAAUGUCAGCUGGCCUCCCACCCAUCAAAAUCAAGCCUGCAACUGUGGAUUGGAGCCGAAAGUGGGUCACGGAAGUGAUUUUUUUCAGGUCAAGAUAGAGCUUCGAGGAUCACAGGACAGCCACAGUGAGCUGCACCUUUCAUAACUGUGACAGAAGAUAAUGAAAACCAAUGUAUGGAUCUGUCCAAAUUGAUCCAGGAGUCUGUCCUCCGUUUUCAACAUUCCUCUCCUACACCAUGGAUAAAUGUCUAUUCUGACACUGAAUUUUCUUCACAGCUGCUGUUUCCUUGCACCAAUUAUUGCACAUAAAAAACUGCGACUGCUGGAAAAAGCUUUUGAAUCAUCUGUUUAACAGCAGAGUGAGUCUGUCCCAUAUUUUCAGGUGUCUAUUUGUGUGUAUAUUCGCUGUAACCAAGGACAAAAUAACUACUGAAUAUACAUUUGUAUGUGUUCUUUAGCUGUUACUGCCGAAUAAUGAACCCUAAGUGGGACAAAAAUGACAUCUACAAAAAUGGUAAUUUUCACAUUUUCCACAUCAGAGUUCUUUUUUUGACCCGGGUUAACUCAGUAGACAUGUUUAUGGACACAAACAUUCUGAUCUUAGUGUUUUUGGUGUAAAAGUGGAGUGAUACACUAAUAUGUAAACAGCAUUUCUUAAUUACCUUUAAGGUCAUACUGGGAAUAAGCAAUAACCGGAUUAGGACAAGUAUUCUAACUGCUCGCAUUAUAAAGACAUUUAUACGUCUUUAUCGCUGGAAAACAUCUUAUUGGAGUUUUCAUGUUUAAUAAUUUGUGACACCCUCAUAUAGUAGUUACAAGCUGCUUGAUGAAGCUUGUCCUGGGUUCACAUUUUUGAAGUUUUGAAAAGAGGAGAAGUUGACGCUUUAUAGUAUUUGGUAUAUGGUUGCAUAGUCCAUUACACUUCUUUAGGCAGGGGUUUUAAAAUAAUGGCAGGAAUGUCAGAUGCAUGAUGUAGUGGACAUAAAGUAAACAUGAGUCAUAAUCAGACUCUGCUCUGUAACAAGAGCAAUAAUAUAAAUGGAAUAUUCAAUUAGUAAUUAUGUCAACGUCGUAAUUACUAUAAUAAUAUAAUAAUCAGCUUAUUAGUGUCAAUGAAAACAUAGUCACUGUGUUAACCUGCUGACUGACAGGGUCGCUAUAAAAAUGUCUUAUGGUCAAGCAAUAUUCCUACAUGCUUCCAAGCAGUGACUACAGAAAAGACUGGAAGAUCUGUCUGGGGUUUUCUAAGAAAAACUACUUCCCAGUGAACCCCGGCUUUUUAUCUGCAAAUUGUCUUAUCGUUAAAACGCAGAUAGUUGCAGUUCCAUCCAGUUUCAAAUGUGUUUCCCCAGCUUUUGUACCUCGGAGCAAGGUAAACACUGUUUUCCUCAGUAUUCUCUGGUUGAUGCACACACAGUUUUUGUACCUUUUUUAUGUGUUUAAGUAGUGUUUACUUUUCCCGUGCUCUCCCGUCUGCUCACUCCCAUCUGGCGUCUCGGAGGUGCGUCAGGAGCCCAUAUUCUCUCACCUCCUGGGUUUUGAUUCUUCAAAUAUAAAGAUUACCUGCUGAAGUUCUCAAAACUGAAGUACAGCCAUGGCAGCAGGUGCUUUGAGGAAGAUGUUUGCUGGAUUCAUAUAUCACGUAGAUUGACGAGGAGCUGUUAAAAAUCUAAAUAAUGUGAGUGAAAUCAUUCGCGUUGUUUUAAUCAAGCACCUUGUAACUCCUAAAUGUCAUGUAUGUAUGAUAUUUGUAUUUUGUGAAAGUAUCUGUCCGUGAAAUGUGUGUGUUUGUGUGUGUGUUUUAAUCCAAAUGAUGCGAUAAGUUCUGUCCGUGUACAGCGGCUGCUCACCUCUGCUGUCCUUGUGUCUCUAACAGCUGAGCGGCUCAAAACAUCCGUCUUUCAACUUGAGUGUAAAAAAAAAAAAAGAAACUCUACUAUUUAUUUAUUUUUUGUCAUUGAUUAUUGAUUAUUGAUUUUUGCUUCUUGCUGUUGUGUCUUCCUCAUCAUUCAGGAGCUCAUUCCCAUCCAAUGCCUCUGGUAUCAAUGCAUCAUAGACAUCACAGAAAUUAUGGGACGGGCUUCUCCAUAAUCAGAAGUGAAUUAUCCAGUGCCUGUCGUAAAUACUAAAUUGUAGGACUGUAGAAACGUGUUACAGUAAGUAUCCCAGUGAGAACUUGCAAGUAUUCUUAAUUCAUGAUGAAAAUUAAUGAUCCUUGAUUGCGGUUAUGUCUUAUUUUGAAAUUUGUAAAUCUUGGCUUGUGUGUAAAUACAGUUUUGUUCCUGCUGAUUCUGUUUCAAUGUAAUCUGUUUUUUUUGAAAUAUCAGAUGCAGUGUGAAAAUAGAUUUUAAAAUAAACCGUUUUUACAAGC